AUGGCCCCGAAACUGUCAGCAAAGAAGGCUACAGAAAAAGCACCCAGUAGUGAAACUGCUAGUGUCAAAAAAUUCAAGAUGCCUAAACUGUUUAUUGUUCGACCGCACGUGAACCCACUGGCAAAGACAAUGGCCAAUGUCUACCUCAACCAAGAGACUUUUGAUGCAAUGGAGUUCAAGAACGGGCAAUUUGCAUGUAUUAGUCCUAUGAAUGGCAAGCCUGGUAUAAUUGCCUUGGUUAAAGCGAGCUCAGAUGCUGCGGUUGCUGAUAAUGUCCUCUUAUUAUCGGAAAAUUUCAGAAAGCUUGGUGGUUUUCUUUUGGGAGAACGUGUAAAUAUCACAAGGAAUGACCGGCAGCCACCUUAUGCUUCAGAAGUAGUGGUAAAUGGUGCGGACUUGUGCAAGGAAGUGCUUGGAGACGUGGGAUUGAUCUAUCCUGGCUUGAGAAUAAAUACGGCUGAUAAAGAAGUCACAAUAAUUGAUGUUGCCAGCUCGAUAGAGAGUGAAUUGGGCUCACUAACUCUAAAUAGUACUAGUCCACCUCCCACAGUUUCCCCGCCGUAUUUGAUGACUUCACAAACAACUUUAACUAAUACCAGUGAGUCCAAGCCAUCUGCAACAAAAUACCCAUAUCUUCCACAAGAUUUGGCUUAUUCUGAUAUUGGCGGAUUACAAAAACAAAUUGACGUCCUUCAGUCGACAGUGGAGCUACCCUUGCAUAACCCAUCUUUGUUUACAGAUUUUGGAAUUGCACCGCCUCGAGGUGUCUUAUUGCAUGGACCACCGGGAACGGGUAAGAGCAUGCUCCUUCGAUGUGUUGCGCAAAACGUCAAUGCGCAUGUCUUGACUGUGAGCGGGCCGUCAAUAGUUUCAAAAUAUUUGGGAGAAACAGAAAAUGCCCUUCGUUCAAUUUUUGAGGAGGCGUCAAAGUAUCAGCCCGCGCUUAUUAUAAUGGACGAAGUAGAUUCCCUUGUUCCGUCUAGAGAUUCCGAUGAUUCAGGCGGCACGGAGAAUAGAGUAGUGGCAACUUUACUCACAAUGAUGGAUGGGUUAAGCUAUAAUUCACAAGUUGUUAUUGUUGGUGCUACUAAUAGGCCCAAUUCUAUCGAUAUCGCGUUGCGAAGACCUGGCCGCUUUGAUCAAGAAAUCGAAGUAGGUAUCCCCGAUGCUGAUUCUCGUAGAGAUAUUUUGCAAAAACAACUCGAUCGGAUGAACCUAGCAAAAUUCAAUUUGACUGCAGAAGAUAUCACUGAAAUGGCUGCUAAAACACAUGGUUACGUUGGAGCUGAUCUCUCGGCGUUGUGUCGCGAAGCAGUUAUGAAGGCCAUCAGCCGGGGUCUUGCGCUGUCGUUGCCACACAAUGAGAUAAAAGUGACGAUGCAGGAUGUUUACGAUGCACUAGCCGAAAUCAGACCAUCGGCAAUGCGAGAAAUAUUUUUGGAGACACCGCAAGUUCGUUGGUCAGAUAUAGGUGGUCAACAAGAGUUGAAGCGGAAACUAAAGGAAGUUGUUCAAUUGCCGCUCGAGGCUGCUUCGUCGUUUGCCAACUUGGGAGUAAAGUCUCCCAAGGGUGUGCUUUUGUAUGGCCCGCCAGGUUGUUCAAAGACGCUUGCGGCAAAGGCGCUUGCCACUGAAUCUGGUUUGAACUUUUUGGCGAUCAAGGGUCCUGAGAUAUUCAACAAAUAUGUUGGUGAAAGUGAACGUGCAAUUAGAGAGAUGUUCCGCAAAGCGAGGGCUGCCGCGCCAUCUAUAAUCUUUCUAGAUGAAAUCGACGCAAUAGCAGGCGACAGAGACCAAGAUGGCACAUCGGCCUCAAAGAAUGUUCUUACUUCAUUAUUGAAUGAGAUCGAUGGUGUUGAAGAGCUCAAAGGGGUUGUUAUAGUAGGCGCUACAAAUAAACCAUCUGAGAUUGAUCCUGCUUUGCUCCGUCCUGGAAGAUUGGACAGGCAUAUAUAUGUUGCUCCGCCAGAUCUCGAGGCUAGAUUACAAAUACUCAAAAAUUGUUCUCGUCGAUUCAAUUUGGGCGAUGACGUCGAUUUGAAUAAAUACGCCGAGCUUACCUCGGGGUGUUCAGGUGCUGAAGUUACAUUAUUAUGUCAGGAAGCUGGUCUCAAUGCCAUAAUGGAAUCAAGGGACGCGAAUCGUGUUGAGAAUAGACAUUUUGAAAAUGCUCUAAAGGGUAUCUCCAGAAACAUAAGUCCAGAGAUGUUGGAUUACUACAGGGCUUUUUCUAGGAAAUCAGGAAUUAGUAUAUAA